AUGGCCAUGGAGACUUCAGCCAGCGCGCUGAGUCAGUUCGUGAUCUUGGCGCAGACGACCCAGGGUCGAGCUUUGGAGGCCUUGAUCGGCCAAGCACUCGAUCACUCCUCCGUCUUCGUUUUCGGGGAGCUCCUGGAUUGUCCCAAUGUCAAGGCACUCCAGGGAAGCGAGUUCCAGCGCGCCCUGGAGCUUCUUCGCCUCUUCGCCUACGGGACUUACCCCGACUACAAGGCGCGACAGAACGAGCUCGGCGAGCUAACGGCAGCGCAGAAGCGAAAGCUGCAGCUGCUCACGCUGGUCACCAUGGCCACACGGGACAAGCUCCUCAAAUACUCUGACCUGGAGGCUGCCGUGGAUGUGUCCAGCACGCGUGAGCUCGAAGACCUGACGAUCGAGGCCGUGUACCAGAAUCUCUUGGUUGCGAAGAUGGACCAGGAAAAUCAGUGCGUUCUCGUCGACUCCUGCGCAUGCAGAGAUUGCAGGGACGAGGACAUUGACUACAUCAUCGAGACCCUGAGCAAUUGGCAGCAGUCCGCCCAGGGCAUGAUCCAAGCGCUUGAUGGAGCAGUCGCGUACGCCAACACAAGCCACGAGAAGCAGAAGGUUGCGAUGGAGGAGUUGGAAAAGGAGGUCAAAUCCAUCCGGGACAGCCUCAAGGAGGGCGAGUCCACAAAGGCGGGUGGCGUCGGCUGCACUCGAAUGCAGAUUGACGAGGCCGACGAGGAGUCGAAGCGUGCGAAGAGCACGCGUGGUCGAUGGGUGGGCGGAAAGCACUGA